CAAAGGAUUAACUUUCAUACGUACGCACACAUAGAUAACUAUCAAGAAUGAUUAAGGACCCGCUCGUUUGGAUCGACUGUGAGAUGACUGGUCUUGAUAUACAGAAGGACUGCCUAAUUGAGAUCGCAGUCUUGAUCACUGAUGGUGAAUUGAAUGUGGUUGCCGAGGGGCCAGAACUAAUUAUUCAUCAACCACGCCAUGUGAUGGACUCAAUGAAUGAAUGGUGUAUUGAACACCAUGGAGCAUCUGGCUUGACUCGUUCAGUAUUGGAGAGUAAAAUCAGUACAGCCGAAGCACAUCAACGAGUGGUGUCUUUUUUGAAAGAGCACAUCCCAGCCGGAGUUGCUCCUUUGGCUGGAAACUCUGUCCAUGCUGACAAGCGUUUCCUUGAAAAAGAAAUGCCAGAGGUAGUUGAACAUUUGCACUACCGUAUCGUGGAUGUGAGCACUAUCAAGGAAUUGGCCAAGAGAUGGAACCCUGAUGUUGCAGCAGGUGUUAUCAAAAAGAAUGGCCACCGUGCUUUAGAUGACAUCAAGGAGAGUAUCGAUGAACUAAAAUAUUACCGCAAAUAUCUCUUCAUUGCUCCACAGUAAAGGUGUAGAAUCUAAUUAUAUAAUGACAAUUUAUUAUAAUUGGCCUGCCUUUCAUCAUUUGUGAUCCAAAAGAAUAAAAUAAAAUAGACACGGG